GUUUUCAGUUCUUCAGAGAGGUGUGUGUGUGUAGUUCACAAGACACACACACACACACAGAGGAGGGCUGGCUGCUCUUUUCUUUUGUCUGACCUCCUCUGCUGAAAAAAAUGCACGCCUCACCUCUAUUUCCUCAAGUUUCCUUACAACCCAUAACACCUUUCGAGCCGCGAAUCUGACAAGCCCUUCCAUGUUUGAGGGAAUUAACGGAAGAUUAUCAUUAGCUCUUCAAAACAUCUCGGAAUGUUCUCUAAAAAAACUCAUGGAGAUGUCAGGAAAUCGACACAGAAAGUGCUGGACCCCAAGAAGGACGUGCUGACAAGAUUGAAACAUCUGAGAAUCGUUAUUGAAAAUGCGGAGCCUGCUGAACUCAAACACCUCUUCGAGCAGAAUUACUCCCACAUCUACUAUGUGUUCUUUGAAAACUUCAUCACCAUCGAGGUUAACCUGAAACAGAAAGGUAAGACCUGCGGCUCUUCGCAUGUCUGUAGUCAAAUCUAUGUGCUUACCUUGCAGAAAAUCCUACAGCUGUUACCAGAGCGAAUACAAGGAAGAUGGCAGUUCCACAGCAUAGGUCUCAUUCUGAAGAAACUGCUACACACUGGUAACUCCCUAAAGAUCCGGAGGGAAGGGGUGCGUCUCUUCCUUCUGUGGAUGCAGGCUCUGCAGCACAAUGCUCUGAGAGAGCAGCUCUGGAUCUUCGCCUGUCUAAUCCCUGGAUUCCCUGCACCACAGUCCGAGCUUGGCCCUCGAACCCUGGAUAAUCUGAUCAGCCCUCCCCUUAACCUUCAGGAGCCUCAAGUGACCCCAGAGGAGAUCAGUCCCCUGGUGCCGCCCCAGUCAGGAGACAAAUCCCAGGAAGAUCUAACUGGCUACUUCCUGGAGGCUCUACUAAAAUACAUGGUAAACCAGGCCAAAAGUCUAGAGUGGAAGUGCAAGGAGAACCACGAGAAGGGGUUUGCCGCCUUGUUCGCCAAUUUCAAAAAGUAUUACCUGCCCCAUAUCUUCCCCAACUUCUCCAAGGAGACCAGUUUGUACAAUCCAAUUCUGGAGGUUCCACCCAUGAGACCAAAGCCUUACUACAUAGUUGUAAAAAGAGACCCAGAGACCAAUGAAGCCCUGUACUGCACUAAAGAGAACUUCCUCAAUGCCAGAGUCAUAUUUAUCCGCUGGCUGGUCUCCUUCUGGCUAGAGCCGCGGUCAAACACAGGAACACACAUUCCUGGCAUGGAAGGAGAAAACGUGCCAAAGAACAUCCAGAGAGCGGCAGCGGGCCUGGCUGCCCGAGGGGAGGAUGGCGGCCUGAGACCAGAUGGUCUGAAUGGGGGUGGAACUGGCGAACCGGAGCAGUCGCACUCCAACACCAGCACCCUGACGGAGAGAGAGCCCAGCUCCUCCAGCCUCUGCAGCAUGGACGAAGAACACCUCACCGACAUUGAGGUGGUGCGCCGGGUCCUGUGCUCCUCUAGAACCAAUGUCAACUUUAUCACUGAGAUCUUUCGACAGGCGUUUCUGCUGCCCAUGUGUGAGGCUGCAGCCAUGCGUAAGGUGGUGCGGGUGUAUCAAGAGUGGAUCUCUCUGCAGGAUAAGCCUGUGUUUAUGAGAGAGCCAGAGGAAGACCGAUUCACAAGCCAGCUAGACUCCACCCACGAGCAGAGAACUGAUAAAGAGGAGGAGGAUAUUGGGCUCACGGUGUCCGUUUUGUUAGCUUUGGGAUCAACCACAUCAUCCUUAAGACCCUCAUUUACCUCUGAUUCUGAGGUAUUGGAGUAUAAUGUCCAUGCUGGUGUCCAGGCCACACUACAGGUUUUCAUCACCAACUCCUCCAACGUCUUCCUUCUGGAGGCAGCCAAUGAGCUGAAGUCACUUCUGGAAGAGCAUGUUGACAUGUGCAAGCGUGUGCUCAAUAUAUACCGCAGUCUGGUCAUGCAUGAAACCAUGAACCAGAAGACCUGGGAGCAGAUCUUGCUGGUGUUGCUAAGGGUAACUGAGUGUGUGAUGAAGAGGCCUCCAUCUAUUAUGCCUCAUGGGAAGAAGAGUAACACUUUAUCGGGCCGUUUGGCUGGGGCCAUUUUUCAGACUCUGAUUGUGGCCUGGAUCAAAGGGAAUCUGAAUGUGUACAUCUCUCGGGAGCUGUGGGAUGACCUGCUGUCUGUACUCUCAUCUCUCACCUGCUGGGAGGAGCUGGUCACUGAGUGGUCCCUCACCAUGGAGACACUUACCAAGGUACUAGCACGCAACCUUUACAGCCUGGACCUGAACGAGCUGCCCCUGGACAAGCUCAGUGAGCAGAAACAGAAAAAACACAAAGGCAAAGGUGGCGCCCAUGAGUGCCAGAAAAUCACUGUGGAUAGGUCGUUCUCCAAAGGCUGGAGUCGAGACCCACCAGGCCAGGCUGCUGUCAUGAGACAGCGCAGCGCUACCACUGCUGGCUCACCAGGCAUCGAGAAGGCCAGAAGCAUCGUCAGACAGAAGACAGUGGACCUGGAGGAACCUCCCAUUGUCCAGCGUGGGUCGCGGAUCCGCCACUGCUCUCAAAGUGAGGAGAAUCCAUCGUCCGAGGUGUUUUCCGCCUCCGGUGAGCUGGAGCAGCCUCCGCUCCCCCGCAGCAGCAGCGCCUCUGACAUCAUGGAGCCCUUCAUCGCAGAACGGGUCAAAGCCAAUAAAGAUGAGCUGACGCCGAAGAUGAGGCCCAUGUCCAACGAUGCUGGCACCAGCAACCCUAAUGUCAGUGACCUCAUGGACGAGUUCAUCCAGGAGAGACUGAGGGCCAGAGGCACUUCUGGCAUGACGAGGCGUGGCAGUAGCCCAGGAAGUCUGGACAUCCCCAAAGAUCUACCAGAGCUCCUGAACCGUCAGAACGCCACGCGUCCUGCAGACGACCCCGGUGUGCCCUCUGAGUGGACCUCCCCAGCCAGCGCCAGUGGAAGUGACCUCAUAAGCUCCGACAGCCAAUCAGAUUCCUUCAAUGCUUUUCAGUAUGACAACAAAUUUGAAAAUUUCAGCUUCCCCCCUGAAACAUGUGCUCUGGCCUCUGUGGAUCAGGAUAGUUUGGGAGGAGCAGGUCAGAACGCAGAGGAACAGGAGCUUUCCAGUCUCACAACACUCCACAUUGACUCAGAGACCAGCAGCCUCAGUCAGCAUGGCCUGUCAGCUGACACUGUCACCAUUACUGGUUCUGAGAGCGCGUCUCCAAUGCACUCUCUGGGAUGCUCACGAUCACAGACGCCAUCCCCCGCCACGCUGACUGCUGAACACGUCCAGCAUAAAGAUCUACAGCUGGAUGAGAAAAUGCACCACUCUGUGCUGCAGACCCCUGAUGACCUUGAAACCAGUGAGUUUCCAACAGAGGACUGUAGUGUGAUGGCUGGCGGCACUCUGACCGGCUGGCAUGCUGAUGUCGCCACAGUGAUGUGGAGGAGAAUGCUAGGAAUUCUGGGAGAUGUCAACUCCAUCAAGGACCCUGAGAUCCACGCACAGGUCUUUGACUACCUCUGUGAACUCUGGCAGAACCUGUGCAAGAUCAGAGACAAUCUUGGGAUCUCUCUUGACAACCAGUCGUCUCCACCCCCGCCGGAUCUGAUUCCACCUCUGCGGAUUCUGACUCCCUGGCUUUUCAAAGCCACUAUGUUGGGCGAGCGCUAUAAGCAGGGGAAACUCCAUGCCUAUAAGCUCAUCUGUAAGAUAAUGAAGAGAAGACAGGAUGUUUCACCUAACUCUGACUUCCUUACGCACUUCUACAACAUCAUGCACUGCGGCCUGCUUCACCAAGACCAGGACAUUGUGAACACCAUCAUUAAGCACUGCUCUCCACGCUUCUUCUCUAUUGGACUUCCGGGUGCCACUAUGCUCAUCCUGGACUUCAUCGUGGCAGCGAGUCGUGUAACUUCCUGUUCGUCCCUCAAUGCUCCACGGGUGGAGGCUCAGAUCUUGUUGGGCUCCCUGGUGUGCCUCCCAAACUUGUACAAUGAACUUCCUGCCCUGCACCCCACAACGGCUGACAUCCUCAUGACGAAAUUCACAGAUGUCAAGGAGCAUAUAAUCAAGCACAUCCUGACCUCUGCCAGAGAUGAGCCUUCUGCACCAGCAAGGUGUGUGGCUCUCUGUAGUCUGGGUAUUUGGCUCUGUGAAGAACUGGUUCAUGGCACUCAGCAUCCGCAGAUCAAAGAAGCGCUUAAUGUCAUCUGUGUCACUCUCAAGUUCUCAAAUAAAACCGUUGCUCUGGUGGCCUCAGACAUUUUGCACCUGCUCAUCAAUUAUGUGGACGAACUGCAGAAAUUCCCGCCUGACACUCCAAAGAAAAUAGUGGAGGUCCUUAUUGCAACCAUCACUUACCUUCUUCCUGCCACAGAGUCCUCCCCUCAUGAGCUGGACAAGAGGCUGGUCGUGUCUCUGCUGCUAUGCUUGCUGGACUGGGUGAUGGCUCUACCUCCAAAAACUCUCCUGCAGCCGGUCCAAGGAGCCUCGGACAAUGAAAAAACUGACAAGUCCAUCCUCAGCUGCAUCUAUAAAGUCCUCCAUGGCUGUGUAUAUGGGGCUCAGAGCUUCAGUAACCCCAAUUACUUCCCCAUUCACCUGUCAGACUUGAGCAGCCCAGACUAUGACCCCUUCCUACUACUGGAGAACCUGAAGGAGCCAGAGCCACUUCAUUCACCCGAAUCUGAACGCUCCUCUAAACUGCAGCCCGUUACUGAAGUGAGGAGUCGUAUUCAGCAAGGCCUGAUUUCAAUUGCGGCACGCACGGUCAUAUCCCACCUGGUCAAUCACCUGGGUCACUAUCCAAUGAGUGGUGGUCCAGCCACUCUGACCACCCAGGUAUGCGAGAACCAGGAUAACCCGUACAGCGAGAGCGCAGACCUGACCCCUGAACUCUUCGACACACCCAACUUACAGUUUUUUGUGCUCAAUGGCACCACCCUGCUGUCCUAUCUACAGAUCCGGGCAGAGGACGGCCUGCCCGGUGGCGGGAUGUCAGCUGGCCUCACCACCACCAGUGCCUGUGUUAGGGUGAUCGUGAGGGACAUUUCCGGAAAACACUCCUGGGACUCUGCUGUACUGUAUAGUCCACCUCAUUGCAUUACUCCUAGUCAAACUUUGCAACUCUACUCAUCCUCCAAUCAAGCAGGGGGCGAUAGAGAAUGUGGCCGAGAUGAGGACAGUCUAGAAAGAGGCAGUCAAGAAGAACCAGAGGAUGGUGAUUUUCAGGAGAACGAGGAGGACCUGGAUGAGUACGAGGAGGAUGUGAAAGAAGACAGGGAGGAGGAAGAACUUGAGGAAGAAGAUGAGGAAGAAGAGGCAGGGCUGGAACUGAUGGCCCCACAGGCCAAACGGCUGUGCAGAGAGGUGAUCCCAAGCUGGGACUCCCUGCAGGAUGGGGAGGAUGCCCUGGAUGAAAUGUUGCAGUACCUGGGAUACUCCAGCCCAGAGUGCCUGCAACGUACUGGCACACCGCUCAACAUUCCAGCCCCACCACCCACCUGCGUGUCCGAGAAGCAGGAGAACGACGUCAUCAAUGCCAUCCUGAAGCAGUGCGCCGAAGAGCGGGACUUUAUGCUGCAUUGUGGAAAUGACCUGAACAUGAGGGCUGUAGUACAGCAAGAGCCAAGUCCACAGAGACCACAGUCGGCCUUUUACUACUGCAAACUGCUCCUCAACAUACUAGGCAUGAACUCCUGGGAGAAGAGGAACAGUUUCCACCUGCUGAAGAAGAACGAAAAACUACUGAGAGAGCUGAAGAAUCUGGAUUCAAGGCAGUGUCGUGAAACGCACAAGAUUGCUGUGUUUUACGUGGCAGAGGGACAGGAAGACAAGCACUCAAUACUGUCCAACACAGCCGGGAGUCAGGCCUAUGAGGACUUUGUGUCAGGCCUGGGCUGGGAGGUGAACCUAACGAGUCAUUGUGGAUUCAUGGGUGGCCUGCAGAGGAACAAGAGUACGGGUUUGACCAUGCCUUACUUCUCCACCUCUACAGUUGAAGUGAUGUUCCACGUUUCCACACGCAUGCCUCCGGACUCAGACGACUCGCUCACUAAAAAGUUAAGACACUUGGGUAACGACGAAGUGCACAUCGUUUGGUCCGAGCACUCGCGGGACUACCGGAGAGGCAUCAUUCCUACUGAGUUUGGAGACGUGCUCAUCAUCAUCUACCCCAUGAAGAACCACAUGUACAGCAUCCAGAUCAUCAAAAAACCCGAGGUGCUGUUCUUUGGUCCCUUGUUUGAUGGAGCCAUAGUGGAUGGAAAUAUCUUACCCACAGUGGUGCGAGCCACGGCCAUCAACGCCAGCAGAGCUCUGAAAUCCCUCAUCCCUCUUUACCAAAAUUUCUACGAAGAGAGAGCGAGAUAUCUGGAGACGAUAGUCCAGCACCACUUGGAACCGACAACGUUUGAGGACUACGCGGCUCGUGUUUUCUGCCCUGCACCUUUCCACCAUCUUCCCUCUGAAGCAGGCUCAUGCCUCGAGAGUCAGCUGGCCGAAAGUCCAGCAAUACAAGUAGACGGGAGCGACUUAGCCUCGCCAAUGUCACCUCGUGCUAGCAAGAGCCGGAUGUCCAUGAAGCUUCGCCGUUCCUCGGGCUCCGCCAACAAGACUUGACCUGAGUGAGCAAACACACACACUUCACUCUGGAACUCCGCCCAUUGCACUGUCAGAGACCAACCACGCCCUCUUGCCUGCAGUAGCCACGCCCCCAAUGCUGUCUGACUCCUUCCAUUCAGAGCCAGAGUGAUCAAAGAUGACUGAAAUGUUAUUUUUGUCGAUCGCUGAUGGAUAUCGCGUUGCGUUUGACUUAAAUAACGUCCUCUGCUGCUGUCGUGGCUGGUGCCACUGAAGCUGCCCCACUACUCAGAGUGCCAGUGAUCAUUAAAAAAAAAACAUAUGAAAAUGUUUCUUUUUGAUUGCCAUCGUAUCAACCACAACUUUUUAUAUUUGUACAGAAGACGCGACAAAUUGAUGGCGGAAAAAGUGUUCGAAAACAUGUUUGUGGAGCAGAUUUGCGUUUAAACUGAAGCACUUCUUGCUGUUACGUAUUUCAGUUGGUUUUCACUCCUAUUGUGGAACAUGUUUUUAUAUAACAUUGACACUCACAUUUGUUCGUUUAUUUGCUGGUUUUCUUUAUAGAUCACGGUUUAUUGCAAUUUGUAUAAUUCAGUUUUCUCUUCAUUAGAAUGUUACAGAUUUUUUUUUUUCAUGUUAAUGUUAUAC